AUGUUUUCCCGGAGGAUAGUAGAAACGGGGAUAUUGUACUUAGGUUGGAGAACCCCAAUUAGGGAGGGAGGGGGGGGUCGAGGAAGCAAUGAACAAGAUAGGACGGAGGGUUUUCGUUGGAUUAACAUAUCCAUUCUUGCUUGGAGGUCGGAUUAA